CAUGACGUCACAUUAAUUAGCAGCCCGUUGAUCCGUUCAGCCUCUAAGCCGCACUCUGUUGUGUGUCUGCCGCCAGACACGGGACACCUUAGACACACCACGGAGGAGGAUGCACGUCUGCUCCCACGGAUUCUACUGAUGCUCCUGACCCUGUAGGCCCACCUCACCUCCACCAUCCCUCCUAUUUAUCUAUCUAUCUAUCUAUCUAUCUACAUCCUUACAGGUGAUGUUUUUGUAGCAGGGAUACCAACCAGUGAUCACAAUGGCAGACAAGGACAGUGUGGAGAAAUACCUGGAGAACAAUCCACAGUUCGCCAAAGAAUACUUCGAUAAGAAGGUGCGCGCGGAAGCCCUGACCGCAGCUUUUUCCACCACCGUAGACGUGAAAGAAGCUUCCUUCAAGGAUGUUAACGCCAUCCAAGAGGCCAACGUCAUCUUCGAGCUGGUCCAGGAGCUCCAGAAACCGGGGAACAUGGAGCAGAGUCUGCACAAAGUCCUGCAGAGAAUCGCCAUGAUCGUGCAGGCGGACAGGGUGGGAUAUUACAUGUGCAGGUCCAGAAACGGAACACCUGAGCUGGCCACAUGUCUCUUUGACGUGACUCCAACGUCCAAAUAUGAGGCAAACCUGGUCCAUCCGCAGGGGGAGAUUGUGUUCCCUCUUGAUAUGGGGAUCGUGGGUCACACAGCGCUCACCAAAAAGCCGCAAAACGUCCCGGAUGUUACAAAGAAUCCAAAGUUCUGUGACUUUGUGGACAAACAGACAGGAUAUAAGACUAAAUGCAUGCUCACUUUCCCUCUGAUGGCCGAGAAAGAGUGCCUUGGAGUCGUCAUGGUACUAAACAAAAUAGGAGCUGACAGUUUCACAGCAGAGGAUGAGAAGCUCUUCCACAAGUACAUGAACUUUGCUCAAGUCAUCGCGCUGCAACAUCACACAGCCUACAUGUUCAAUGUGGAGUCCAGGAGGAGUCAGGUUCUGCUGUGGUCCGCCAGUAAAGUGUUUGAGGAGUUAACGGACAUUGAGAGACAGUUCCACAAAGCGCUGUACACUGUAAGAACCUACCUGCAGUGUGAGCGAUACUCAGUGGGCCUCCUCGACAUGACCAAAGAGAAGGAAUUUUACGACGAAUGGCCGGUGAAACUCGGAGAUGUGGAACCCUAUAAAGGACCAAAAACACCAGAUGGCAGGGAAGUCAUCUUUUACAAGAUCAUCGACUACCUCCUGGAAGCCAAAGAAGAAAUCAAAGUCAUACCGGGUCCUCCUGCAGAUCACUGGGCUCUAGUUAGCGGACUACCGACCUACGUUGCAGAGAACGGCUUCAUUUGCAACAUGAUGAACGUGGCUGCAGAUGAUUACUUCACUUUCCAGAAAGAGGCUGUGGAUGAGACAGGCUUCGUCAUCAAAAACUGCCUGUCGCUGCCCAUCGUCAACAAAAAGGAAGAAAUUGUGGGCAUCGCUACUUUCUUCAACAGGAAAGACGGAAAGCCAUUUGAUGAGCAUGAUGAACAGAUCACUGAGGCCCUCACACAGUUUCUGGGAUGGUCUGUACUAAACUGUGACACCUACGACAAGCUGAACCGUAUGGAAUACAGGAAAGACAUCGCUCAGGAGAUGCUUAUGUGCCAGACCAAAUGUACCCCGGCUGAGCUCCAGUCCAUUCUGAACACUAAAGAAAAGUUUGAUGCAGAGCCUGAAGACUGUGACCAGAAAGAGAUGUACAAACUAUUGAGAGGAACCAUCCCACCAGCUGACAACGUCCACGGAGAGAAUCUGUACCUGUUCUCCUUUAGCGAUUUCCCCGUUUCAGAGUUCGAACUCAUCCAAUGUGGUAUUCGCCUCUUCUUUGAGCUAGGAGUUGUGGAAAAGUUUAAAGUUCCAGCUGAGACACUUACCAGGUGGAUGUACACAGUGAGAAAGGGUUACCGUGCCAUCACCUACCACAACUGGAGGCACGGCUUCAACGUGGGCCACACCAUGUUCUGCCUGCUUCAGACAGGGAAGCUGAGGAGAUACUACUCAGACCUGGAUGCCUUCGCUAUGGUGGCUGCUGCUUUCUGCCACGAUAUUGACCACAGAGGAACCAACAACCUCUACCAGACAAAGAGUGCAUCUCCUCUGGCCAAACUUCACGGCUCCUCUAUUAUGGAGAGGCACCACCUGGAGUACAGCAAGACCCUGAUGGCUGAGGAGAGCCUGAACAUCUUCUGCAACCUCCAGAAGCGUCAGUUUGAGAACGUGCAGCACUUGUUUGACGUCUGCAUCAUCGCCACCGACCUGGCUCUGUACUUCAAAAAGAGAACCAUGUUCCAGAAUAUCGUGAAUGCAACAGAACCGAUGACGGAUGAAAAGGAGGCUACUGCCUUUGUUUCCAAUAACCCCACCAGGAAGGAAAUUGUCAUGGCCAUGAUGAUGACAGGUUGUGACUUGUCAGCUAUCACCAAGCCUUGGGAAGUGCAGAGCAAGGUUGCUUUGAUGGUAGCUGCUGAAUUCUGGGAACAGGGAGAUUUGGAAAGAACUGUUUUGGAUCAACAACCCAUUCCCAUGAUGGACAGAAACUGCGCCGAACAGCUUCCCAAGAUGCAGUGUGGUUUCAUUGACUUUGUGUGCUCAUUUGUAUACAAGGAGUUUGCCAGGUUCCACAAAGAGAUCCAGCCCAUGUUUGAUGGUCUGAAUAACAACAGGGCACACUGGAAUGAGCUAGCUGAGGUAUAUAACGCCAAGAUGAAGGCCAUUGAGGACGAGAAGAAAAAAGCAGAAGAAGGAACAGCAGAAAAAGCAGAUGGAGGGAAGUCAAAGACCUGUACCAUCUGCUGAACUCCUCUGGUGCUUGGACCCGGACUACUACAGUCCAAUUAGGACUAAUCAGGGCUAUGCUAAUCAAUUGUGCUCCGACAACUGUUAUCGUUCACCCCUGACUAGGCUAGGCAAGGCUAGGCCUGGUCUGGUCUCAUCUACACCACUGUAGUCGUGUUCUGUCUGUGUAGGUGCUGUCCAUUCGGGUGUAGAGUUUGUGGUCACGUUUAUUGUGGCCUGGGUCGGUCCAGAUUUAUUUAGUCUAGUAAAGUCCGGUCUAUCAUGUAGUCCAGUCUGGAUUAGGCUGGCCUAACCACUGUCCAAGUUUAAAAAAAGAAAAAAAAAAGUCAGAUACAUCAUUAAGAAUUGCCUGGAAACAUGACAAGACAGCAAGAAGAUGUGACGUGUUUGAGAUACUUUCCUUCCUGUGCUCCUACAACAAACAGCAAUGUACAUUUGGUAAAUAAUAUUCAUUCUAGCAAUUACAUAAACAAUUGUAAUAUAUGGUUUUAAGCUGUAAUUAAUCCGUUGCUGCAGUAUUCUAGUCCUGCAUGCUAAAGCAGUUUUCAGAAAACAGUUACACAGUGUAUAGAUAGUUCUGCAGAUUGCACAAUGCACUUACCUGCUGCUGUUUUGGCAGAGGCAGGCCAUGACUUUAAAGCUGUGAGCACAGGCAGGAAUAAUAAUGAACAAUCACCAUGCAACUUCAUAUAUUUACUGGAAACAAAAGAAGAGUGAAUCAUACAAUCGCAUUUGUUUUUGACUGACAGCAUAAACUGAAUGUGAACAGACUGUAAGAGAAAAGAGGAGAACUAUAAUCCAGGAAAAAUCUCGACUCUCCGACCACUUGCGCGAUUGAAUCAACAAGUGGCAGCGACCAGUCAACAACAAAGGGCGGAUGUUCUCAUUCCUCAAAGGCACUGAUGAGCUGUUUGGGGGUAUAUUUAUUUUAAUAUGCAAUCUAUCUAUAUAUACAUAUAUUUUUUUUUUUUUUUGUGAUUCUUUGUCUGAGAGUUUUAUACUUGAACUGUCUUUAUGGACGGAAAGUUUGAGACAAGCUUCAAGAGACGAUGUUCGGAAUCUGUGAACAAAUGCAUGCUAAAAAUCUAAUUCGAGCAUUUAGUGCAUGUUCGGUUGUUGUGCAACUUAUCAGCUUUUUUUAACAUCUGCGAGCUGCUCUUUUAAGUCCAGCCACACCAAGAAAAAAAAAAAAAACAACUUGUAAAAUAGAUUGUAUUUACUCCAAUAAUUAGAACACAAAGGUCACAAAAGAUAACCUUUAAAUGUGCAUGAUUCCAUAUGUAUAUAGUGUGACAUAGCGAAUGUAAAAUGUAAAUUGUUUAACCUUAAGAAUUAUUGAUACUUAAAAUGAAUGUGAGGGAUAUAAAAACAACCCUUGCUGUUUAAAGUCGGACAGGGUGCAGUAGAUCUACUUUCCCCUUAAGAAGAUUUGAUAGGAUUUGAUUUGAUUGUCUGCCAGUAUUGGAGAUUCACACAGCUUUAGACUUUAAAUAUCCUUCUUACAGAUAAGGUAAAGAAGGCUCCAAAAGCCUUAUCAUAUGUUUGUACAGAUGACUUGUGUUUGUAAUGUGGCAAAUGCAGCCACAGCAUCAUUGGAAACGGUCCCGUCGCUCAGUAUUGCAGCAGUGGGAUGGAUCACGCAGCCACUGCCGCGGUAUUAACCCAGCAACGCUAACGUCCGCACAAUCCCCGUUGAUGUAAACCUGAAUUGAACUUGAUCUGCUCUCGACGGUGCACCCAGGGCAAUUUUCUCAAAUACUUUUAGCUGUAUCCCUCUUGGGGCAAAGGCAAGCUGUGGAUUUCAACUUCCUGUUACACAAUGUCAUCUGCUUCAGUCAACGGGACAUCAAUCAGGGGCCCUUAAUCCUAUCAGAAUGGCUUUGGAACUACCUGGAAACCCCUUUUUUACUGUUCAAGUGAAGCAAGGGAGGAGCCAAAACUGUGCACAACAUUUACACAAUCAGUGGGUUGUGAGGGGGUUGUUUUAAUUUAUUAACCUUUAACUGUAAUGUGAGUGAUUUUCCAUUUCUGUCUCCAAUGAUUAGUAAAAUUACCCUUUUUCUUCAAACCUAACUGGAAUAGUGUGAAGAAAAUGUGUAAAUGCAAUGCAGUAUAUUUGCAUAUAUACAAAGAAAUGUGAAGCACAAUUUCCACUUCGACUUUCCAGUCGACUGUCAUUUGGACAUUAGAAAUCUGUCAAAUUGACCUUUACUGUGUGUAUGUGUCAAGAGAUGUAAUAUGUGUAAGCAAAUAAAAGAAUCUACGGAGGUGUACAUA